AUGGAGAAUUUAACAAGUCAAGCAAGUGUAAAGACAAACAAAAGGAACAACCAUCAGUGGACUCCAGUAGAGGACAAAAUUUUGAUUGAAUGUUGCUUGGAGUUUGUGAACCAAGGUUGGAGAGUAGAUAAUGGCUUUAAGACAGGAUAUUUGAGUCAACUACAAAAAUGGAUGGCUAAAAAGACCCCCAACUAUAAAAUCAUGGGUGAUCCUCAUAUUAAAUCUGGGAUGAGAACACUUAAAUCACAAUUUAGAGAACUGAAGGAGAUGAGGAGGCAAUCUGGGUUUGGAUGGGACGAUGCAAACAAAUGUGUAACUUGUGAGGAUGAUGUAUGUCACAAAGAGGCCGUUGGACUUAGAAACAAGCAAUUCCUUUACUUUGAUAAGCUAGAAAUCAUUUUUGGGAAGGAUCACACAACUGGAAAUGGAGUAGAAUUCACAAGUGAAUUUGUGGAAGCUUUAGAAAGGGAGAACUUAACAUUCACAGCAACCAAAGAAGCUUCUGAAGCUCAUGAAGCAAUGAAGAACAUGGUUGAAUAUGACUACUUUGGUGUGGAUAUUGAGUUAGAAAAUGAGUGUCUUCAUCUCUGA